AUGCAUUUCAAUACAUCGAUUGAUAAACAAAGUUUGUUUGAAACAUCCAAUUCUUUAACAGAGGGUGUCACAAAUUUUCCAGGAAAUGUAUUUACAAGUAGAGUCGUGAACCAGUAUCAAAAUGGGAAGCAACUACACUCUGCUACUGUUCCACCACGGCCACCACCACCUAUGUUAAUUCCAUCACCGGAGAUUAGAAAUAGGUCUCAUUUAUCCAGUUUAAGCAAUAAACCACUUAUUAUUAAUACUACUACUACUACUAGUAGUUGUGGAUAUCGAUCAGGUGGAUUGUUCCCUAGUCCACUAUUUAUUUUACCUAAACCGACAGUUAACAAUGAAUUGGGAAAAUCGCGACCUAAUGUAUCACGUCAAUCAGUUCUAUGCAGUCUCAUCACUGGAAGCAAUAACAGUAAUACAAGGAAUGAUAAUUCGUUGAUAUCACAGAAUGAGACACUUACUUCUACUGCAGUUACCAGUCAGCGGGAAUGUAUGGUACGGAACGACACUGUCAAUGAGUUCCCUUUGAGACAUUUGACUACAUCAGUGUCUUCCAGUUUAAAUUGUGUGCCUACAACUACUAUCCAAUCUGUUGUAUUUUCCCCAAACCCAACUCACUCAUCUGAAUUACAUUUACCACAUUUAUUAAACCCAGAAAGUUUGAAAAGUGCUAUCGCAAAUCGGACCUUUUGUUUUGUCAGUUCAAGUAAGGUAAACCAACCUCCGGCAUUAUGCGUUCAGUCAACACCGGUUGCCCAAAAAGUGCAACCUACAAUUGCGAAUUCAGCGAUUGCAAGGCGAGAGGAAACAGCUCCUAGUCCUCUAGUCCAGUUAUUUGAAAGUUGCGGGAGUGUUAUACAAGGUGUCGGUGGGAUAGUGAAUGUAUUUGUAAAUGGUACUGGCCUUGUCCAUAAUUCCUGUUCUACUUCAAACGGUAUUGGGAAUGCUAAUGAAGGUGGUCAACAAAGCGAACCAUCCACGACAAAAAAUAGUUUUAUUUGUCCUAAUUGCCCUUUUACGUCUUCUACCGUUGAUCGUCUUUCUCGCCACAUACAUUCACGGCAUUUAUUUCAAAGUAUCAUCCCACAUCCACAGUCUGUAUCUUCUCCUAAUGUAUCAAAUCAAAUGGUAGUCUCAGCAUUACCGUUAUCCGUCAAUAAUAUCAGUUCAUCAAAUUCAGUUGGUGUUAUUAGGUUACCUACCUUAAACCCCUUUGAUUUAACAUCCCAACCAUCUGGUAAUCAUCAAAUUCAUAAUGAUAAUGGCAUCAGCGAAUUUUCCAUUCCGUUGUCACUGAACUUACCUCCUAAUGAUGUAACAACAACAGCUAGUGUUAGACAACCGACUUCAAAUAAUUCAUCAGACACUACUACUUCUCAGCAGUCACAUCGCCGUAAACAAGCUUUCCCAGUUAGCAUGCCUAUUGGUUCAGAAGAAAUACAGUUGCCUGUUACAAUUUCGAAUCGGCCGUUUAGUAAUCCUCCGAGUGGAAGCGUAUCACCAGAAAAAACAGUGGUAAAUACACUGGCACGUGAAUCAUCCAAUUCAUCAUAUGUAUCAGCUAGUACAUUAGAUGAUGAUACAGGUGAUGAAACAGACUUAGUCUUUUUAGGAUUUACGCAGGUUGCAGUUUCACGUAAAAGACUUCACCAUUCCGAAAAUGAUGAAAAAAAUCCAAUUAAAACAUCAGUCGAUACUCAAAAGCCGCCUAAACGUCGAAAACCUGACUCUGGAAUUAGUCCCCAUGUUAAAAGGUCACGUAAGAAAGUAAAGCAGUCUUCUGCAAACGAAUCUUCAGCCCUCACCACUCCACAUCCUCUUGCAUUACCUGAUGUAUCAGUUAACAUUGAGCGUCUUACAGAUAUUCCAAGUGUCUCUUCGACAGAUUCAUCAGAUGCAUCUGUUAUUACUAUUGAUUCAUCUGAAUCGGAAAAUUCUGAUCAUGAGGACAGAAAUACAGUAUUGGAUGGAAAAAAUAAUUCCCCUGAAACAUUCAGUCAGCGUAUCGAGCUGACAAACGUUUACUCAUCUCCAGUUACUAUGAAUUCACAACCUUUGGAACAAUCUUUUCCUAAUGAAAGAAGUAAAUCACCAGAUGAACGAGAAAGUCCUGUUGAUUUGAAUUUCCUAAGUACAAAUGAACCCUUGAGAACAGUUAACACACCACCGAAUACACCAAAGCGUUCUGAUAGUUUUGAAGAAAUUACAACAUCAAAUAACCACAAUAAAUCUGUUAAGAUUGUAGAAGAAAAACCUGAACAACUAAAAGAUCAUGAUGAACUCCCAAUUGUACAUUCAUCACCAGUUAGUGCAAAUAUAUUACCGAUGGAUAUCUCUGAUAGUAAUAAACAACAUACUACAGCGUCGAAAACAAAUACUAAGCCAUCUAAAUCGAAAAAGAAGCCUAAAGAAAUCAAAAUUCCAGAUGAAUUUUUAGUCCCUUAUUCCCGAAGUAUAAUGGAUGCUGAUGACAUUCAGGUGGAUAUUACAACAGGGGAAGUGUUUAUCAAGAAUACACCAUUACGGUCUUUAGUUAUGGGUUUAAAGCGUCCACUGGACAUUAAAAAACCACGGACAUUACCACAAGGUGGCCGUAAUCAACCUUCAAGGAAAUCUAAAGUUCAACAACCUUCUUCAAGUAAUACCAAAGAUAGUUUAAGUGUUGUUGUAAAUGAAACAACAGGUGCGUUAGAAGUAGUACACAAACCAAUUAAAGCACCUUCAAAGAAAAAAAAGAAAAACAGUAACCAACAGAAGGAGGGGAAUAGCAAUAGCAAAGUGACUUAA